AUGGCAAGUCAGCAGGGACCGGCCCGUCGCAACGGGGUAAUUGGGUUCAAUAUGACGGGUGGACCUACCCCUGUCAUCCCUCUCGUCGCCCCGGCGUAUAGAGGCCCCAUUCCUGUCCCCCGCGGUAAUGGAGCCACCGGCCGCCCGAUGGUGUCUGCUCCCUCUACUGCCAUUCCGUAUCUCAACAACCAGGGACCCCCGCACGGGAUCACCCCCCUGGUGGGCCCCGACACAGCCCAUUCCUCCCCCUCUGGUGUCCGACCAAGACGGACAUCGCGCGAAGUUACCGCGUUGAGCGCAAGUCUAGCGGAUGCCGAGGGCGCUCUUUCUCGCCUGGAGACCAAGCAGGACAUCACCGAGUCCCAGGUGUCUGCUCUGCGGUCCCAAUUGGCGACCCAUCGAACAACUCGUUUCGUUGAUCAAGCGCAUAUGGAUGCCUUGAUCAACCGGUCUUGCAACGACCGGGCUCGCGACAUCGACCGCCAAUUCCAGAUCCUGGAGGACCGAUUGGACCAGGUGUCUGAAGAUCUUGAACGCGCUGAAGGAAACCAAGCUGCGCUCCAAGGUAUUCAAUACGCCUUCCAAAAGGAUCGCCACGAUGUCCAGGAUCUGCGACAGAUAGUUGCAGCCGCCGAGUUCAACCUGCAACGUCACAAACGCCUUGCGGGUGCCGAGGACCGGUUCAAAGGCCUCGCCAAGAACCUCGAUCUUAUGCUUGCCGCGGCCAUGCAAGCCACAAGGGACAGCCAGGUGCGGGCUCGCAGUGCUCCGACUGCUGAGUCCUCCACCCACCCUGUGGGUAUUGCGCGCCGCCACGUCGUGGGAAGCCAGGAACCAGGCUCCCACGGGCAUGCAUUUGAUCUCCACCCGCAGGAGCUCGGCAAAGGGAAGGCUCGUGACCCGGGACCGCUCCCCUCUGAGGGUCCCCGUGAUGAUAGUGACACCGAGUCCGACGUUGACGAUGGCGACUGCUCGAUGAGAUCGCGAUCGGAAAGUCCUAGCGUGCUUUCCGUCGUGAUGUCAUUGGACAGCCGUCGAUCGUCGCGGGCUAGUUCACCAAACGACAUCAUCAUGGUGGGCACGGUCCAACAACUUGCCGCCGCCCCGUUGCAGGAAGAUGGGUCCCAGGCGACCAACAACAACGACUGGGUGAUGCCAGACGCACCACCCAUUACCACCCUACCCGUGGACCAGCAGCAAGUGGAGAAUACUUGCACAACAAAUCAUCUCCCCGACCCCGACCUCGAACAGUUGAACGGCUACGACAUUGACAUGGACUGGGAGCCAGCCAAAAUCCCAGGCCGCACACGCCCGUGCAAGCGAGACGCACGAAGUGCAAAGUACCACCGAGACCGACGGCGUCGUGUGCGUCGUGCCCGUCGUGCCCGUCCUGUGCGCCAGAUGGCCAUCGAGUCUGUCAAUAUGCCAGUGCGCAAACGGAUAGCUCGCGUGGACGAGCCGAGCGGGGACGAGCCUACUCGCAAGAAAAGGAUUACGAAGGAGAUGAUGGAAAGUAACGGAUCCCGGUUGCUUUCCCCUAUCUGA